AUGCGUUAUCCCGUGACCUGCUGCCAUCAAACAACGACUUUCACUUUCCAGUGGUUCGAGAUCAAAAUCUAGAAUUAACUUCGUACUGGGUCCAUAAUACGAGGAAAGAGACAGGCGACACCUUGUCCUACAAUCUAGCUGCAGCAGCGCAUUGAUCUUCAAAAGAAAUUGCGUCUAACGAAGGGUUCGUAAUUAACUAUCUAGGUGUUUGGAAAGAGCCAACGGAAAUCAACUGAAAAAUUACGAUGAAGUUUAUGACAGGGAAGGUUUUGGUUUUGUUGUUUUGUGUUCUUGGAGUCGUGGUGUCAGAUGGCCCCUUCACGCCAAAAGGAAAGGGACCAAACGUGGUAGCACAAGUAGUGACUAUGAUAGAUGAACAUGGUAUCUUCCCAGACGAUAACAAGUUUCUUUGCAGGGUAGCCUGGGUCGAGUCCAAAUAUGGAACAAACAGCAGGACUUAUAGGCCUUUCUACUAUGGAGGCAUUUGGCAGGUUGACCAAAUAGGAUGGCUCGAUACCGUACAAAGACCUUCCCUGAGGAAAUACCACCAACGAAUCAAGGACGUUUUCAAGAUCGACUGGACGAAAACAUCAUGGGCAGACCUUCAAAAACCUUUCUAUUCCGGCUUAGCAGCACGUCUGCUUCUGGCAACAGUUCCUGCAGCUAUACCCCCAUCAUAUGACCUUGAAGCUCAGGGGCAAUACUGGAAGAAGUAUUACAAUCGAUCAGGAGCGGGAACCGCCGAAAAAUUUGUUAGUGAUGUAAGGCAGGCAUAUGGCUGUGCUGUCUAGCCAUGCAGUAUCCCCCAGUACAUUACCCCUUAGAGCAUCUAUUAAGACUGUUUAGGUCAUUAUUUAGCUGAAUUUUGUUAAUGUAAAUGAGUCAUUGAUAUAAUCAAUUUCACGUUUAUGUAAUAGAAUAAAUGAGAUGGGAGAGGAAAUAUCGAUAAAAUAUAAAGCCAGACCGUUAGAAGGCUUUCCCUCUCUCGCUCUAUAAUUUGUAGCACGAAAUUUUCUACGUACAAGAAAAAUAUAAUAAAAAAUAUAAUAAAUAA